UGCUCGGGGCUGCACGUCGCGUACCUGAGCGGCACGGAGGCGCAGGAGCACCCGGCUCCCGCCCACAGCUUCAGCGCCAAGGACGUGGCAGAGCUCAAAACAUCCCUGUUAUCCACCCCAAACUUCAGAGGAGUGGACAUCCUGCUGACCUCCCCCUGGCCCAGAGACGUGGGCACCUUUGCCAACAGCGCGGGAGAAAUAGAUACCAAGACAUGUGGCUCCAAGUUGGUAUCAGAUCUGGCUGCAAGUCUCAAACCAAGGUACCAUUUUGCUGCCCUGGAGAAGGCCUAUUACGAAAGACUUCCUUACAGAAAUCACACAGUGCUACAGGAGACCCCACAGCAUGUGACCAGGUUCAUUGCACUUGCUGAUGUUGGCAAUACAAGCAAGAAAAAGUACCUCUAUGCCUUCAGCAUCGUGCCCAUGAGCUCCAUGGACCCCGCGGAGCUGGUGAAGCAGCCGCAGGACGUCACAGAAAACCCCUACCGGAAACUGCGCAAGGAGGCUGCCAGGGCCAGAGCAGAGGAAGAACCAGCUCGUCAGUUUUUCUUUGACUUGAACAAGCAUCAGGGAAAGAAACGUCCCUCAGAUGGGAAACAGGGAGGGGACUCCCAGCCUAAGCAAGCCAAGAAACCCCCACAGCCCACGGGGCCCUGCUGGUUCUGCCUGGCCAGCCCGGAGGUGGAGAAGCACCUGGUUGUCAGUAUUGGCACACACUGCUACCUUGCCCUGGCCAAAGGGGGCCUGUCCCCUGACCAUGUCCUGAUUUUGCCCAUUGGGCACUAUCAGUCAGUGGUGGACUUGUCCUCAGAGGUGCUGGAAGAAGUGACCAAGUACAAGGCUGCCCUAAAGGAGUUUUUCAGAAGCAAGGGAAAGAGAUAUGUCCUAUUUGAAAGAAACUACAGGAGUCAGCAUCUGCAGCUCCAGGUGAUUCCUGUCCCACUGGACCUCUGCACUUCUGAAGACAUUAAAGAGGCUUUUAUCACACAAGCACAGGAACAACAGAUUGAAUUGUUAGAAAUCCCAGAGCACUCGGAUAUCUCGCAAGUAUGAGGCCACAUUUCACCUGUUCUUUCCCUCUGUCCUGCUUAGGCUCCUGUUUCCCUCUAGGGUUCCUUUGUGGGGUAGGGUUAAGCUGUUGGAGGCAGAGCCUCGUAGACUUUAUUUGGGGAUGUGCCAGAUGGAUUCUGCUCAGAUACGUUGUUUAGCCAAAGAUUAUUCCAAGCUAUGUGUAGGGCUUGCUGGAUGCAUUCCUUCUGGUGCCAAACACCAACUCUUUUCAGCACAUCAGGUAGUUUUAGGUUCUGAUUUUGACAGGCUGAUUUCUCAGCUGAGGAAUGGGAGUGUG